AAUGAAACAUGUCGUAGACAAGAAUAGGACGCGUGCCAACAACACACGUGGGCGGAGGAGUGCCAAAACACCCGGGGCGACAUGGCAUUCGAUCUCACUGAAUACCCUCCACGGACCUUUCGUGACAAGUACGCUCACUACCUGGCACCGAAGGGCACGCUUGUUGCCCCGCAGCAGGUAUUUGGGAACAAGAAGUUGGGAGCCGCAGCGGAAGAAGGAAUCAGGAAGGCCUUCAAGAUUACCAUUAAGAAGCUAAAGAAAUUGAGAUCGGCUUGUGCUGCGUGUGAGAAAGAAGGUGCCUCAGUGGAGUGUCUGGGCUGCAAGGCUGUGAGGUACUGCAAUGAGGAGUGCCGAGUAUCACGCAUCAACACCCACGCUGCAGUUUGCCGCCACCUCAAGGAUGAACUACUGGACCAGGUGGUGGAGUGCCUGCCAUCACCUCUCCUUCCUGGUCCAGACAUGCUGAGGGGCAGAGGUGGUGUGGUCAGGGACUGGAAUGACUGGUACAACAAUCACACCUCUCUGGGCACCACCUUCCAGCACAAGUCCUCCAUCAUCAGCCUGUGGUGGGAGUACACUGGCCUUACCAUCCCAGAGGUGCCGGAGAUUGAGGCAUCACUGUGGAGGAUCUACAGUAACAUCUUCAGCACGCCACUCAAUGUGGGUCACUGUGCCUUGUGGUUCCCCGGCCUGGUACCAGAGAAGAGUAAGGAGGAGUUCCAUAUUCACUUGCUGGGAGCUGAUGAGCCGGAGGUGAAGGCUGUGCAGCAGGGCAUCAUUCAGAUAGCAAGCCGAGUGCUGGGUCGGCCCCUGGUGGUGACCUUGGUGGCUCCUGACCUGCAGAACCAUCCAGACACAAUGACAUGGUCACCAACAUCUCCCUUCCAGUGUGGGCCAAAUGUGAAGGCCGUGGCGUACCCAGGACUCUACCACGACUUCUGGCAACAACACAUCGUCUCUGAUAAAGAAAAGAUGAAGCGGCCAGACGUUGCCUUGGCCAUCCACCCGGGCGUCCACACAGAGCCCAUGCUGAUCCUCUGGAAGCCAACCCUACAACUCUUGGCCAAGGAGAAAGUCCCCCUGGCCAUGACCACCUACAACCAGGCUGAGUUUGAGGAGACCCUGGAGAAACUUGCUCCACUUGGACAGAACAUCAUGCGCAAGGAGAAGAACAUGCUGGGCUCCCUCCAUGCUAAGCAAACGCCUUACGAACCAGACCAAGUGUGGGCCGCCAACAGCUACCUCAUUGCCAUUGACAACAGAGGCCACACUGGCAAUCUCUCAUAACAACAGCCAUGCACACACUCAUGCAUACAAUUUUCACUUGCACAAAAUAUAAUUUUUCAUGUGAUUUCUAAAUUUUGUACCAUUUUUUACACUGAAAGAACAUUUUAUUUCAGGAUUUAUAUAUAGUUUUGAAGCUUAUAGAUAAAUUCCAUUUUGGAGAAAAAAAUUGAUAAUUUAAAUUUUAUCUGCAAAAGGUGGAAAGAAUUUUGGACUCAUAUUUCAAGCAGUGGAUGUAUUUCCUUCACUUCUGGUUGUUUUUAUUUUUUAUUUAUUUAUUCAUUUUUCUUUCAGUGAAGUUUUCUGGCAACCAUAACAUAUCCUGAUUGUACGGUAACUUCUUGAAAUCAUUUAUUUUUUAUUUUAUUUUUUUUUUUAACUUUAUUCAUUGCAGUUGUCUUACUCACAAAGUUUAUAUAAAGUUAUAGAAGCUUUAAAGAAAAAUGUCAGCAUAAGAUAAGGAAAUGCAAUGAAGUCUGGUUGGUUGAGCAUUUAAUGUGUGAUGGAACGUUUGUGGGUUGUAUAUUCUGAAAUGAGGCCAUAAUGAAUAUUAAAA